UGUGCUUUGACCGUUUCCCUCAGGCCCACUGUAAAAAGGCGAGUGAUGAAUCCCGGCCUGACAGGUGGAUCGAAACAUGCUUCGUUAUAAGAAGUCGUCCGUGACCGGUCAGAUUUUUGCCGGUGAAUCAUCAAGAGAUCUGAUCGGGAACAAUGUCAAGCAAUACAACUGCCAAAGACUUCUCGGCUGUUAAUGCCGAUAAGGGCUCCCCCGGCCACGAAUCUCCCCCGGAAAGAGGCCCGGUUGUGGUCAGCCAGGGCGAGGUCGACGACACGACGUAUUUCUAUAACGUCAACAAGGGCAAUGUUCGCCCUCUGACCCCUGAAAUCGAGGGCAAAAUCAUCCGUCGGAACUUUUGGUUUCUGCUCGGACAGACAUGGUGGAUAUCCUUCUUGAUCCACCUUGACAAGUCGUCGCUAUCGUCUGCCAGCACCAUGGGCAUCUUCAGAGACGUCGAUAUGACGAAAAAUGAGUAUAAUAUACUCUUUACGCUUUUUUAUGUCGGUUACUUAAUCGCUCUCUGGCCUGGUGCCUGGCUCUCCCAACGAGUUGGCCACAAACAAUUCAUUACUGCUUCGCUUUUCCUCUGGGCUGUUUUGAUAGGCGUCCACCCAGCUGUCCGGACAGGCAGGCAGCUGAUGGCUGUACGCUUCCUCCUAGGCAUGACAGAGUCACAGGUUGUGCCGUCUACAGCGAUACUCCACCAAGCAUUCUUUCCCCCGAAGAAGAGCCCCUGGGUCCAGUUACUAUGGUGGACGGCCGGAAGUUUAGCUAAUGUCCUUCUUACCAUGGUUGCAUACAAGCUUCUGAAAAACGAAAGCGCAGGUGGACUUGCUGGGGGUAUUUCCUCCUGGAAAUGGCUACAUAUUAUGUGUGCUAUUAUAACGUUCACUAUCUUUGUCCCUCUUGUCUUAUUCCUGCCUAAUUCGCCUGUAGAGGCGAAGUGGCUUUCAACUGAGCAAAAGGUCCAUACAAUUGAAAUUAUUCGCAAAACACGCGCAGGGAUUACGAAUUCAACAGUCAAGUGGUCCCAAGUGCAUGAAUGCUUUACCGAUGUCAAGACUUGGCUAUUUAUAUUCCACAUGUUCUUCAAUGAACUUCCAAGUAAUACCUCAGCACAGGUACCCUUGAUCAUUGUGGGCUUUGGUUUUACUCCUGCUCAGAGCGCACUUUUCAAUGUUGCGAAGCCUCUUUGGGGGUGUGCAUUGCUUCUUGCCUCCGCCGCGAUGCUAUACGGCACCGAUCUAGGAACUGGCUAUACAUGUGCAAUAUCUUAUCUUCCUUGCAUAAUUGGAGGUAUUAUUGAGCUGUCUUCCCCCUGGUCAAACAAAGUAGCCUUGGUAGUAGGGACACAAAUCUCAUCAUUCAAGCCAUCUUACCUCCUCGGCCUUUCGUGGGCUGGAACGACUACAACAGGGCACACCAAGAAGGUCUGUCUGAUGUCCUCAUGUGUCGUGGCCGCAGCCGUCGCCAAUAUGAUUUCCCCAGAGUUCUGGCAAUCAAAGUAUAGCCCACGAUAUGUGCUGCCCUGGUCGUUCAUGACGGCCUUUUGGGUCAUCUCUCCGGGCAUGUGCCUUAUCAUUCGAUUCUACCUUGACCGCGAAAACCGACGUCGAAAGCAGCUCCUUGCUGAGCAGGGUGACGAAUCAGAAAGAGACGAAGUGAUGGAUACGGGGAGUGAGAUUGUAAAGGUCGGAGGGGGAGAUCUGGAUCUGACUGACCGACAGAAUCUGAAAUUCAUCUAUCCUUUGUAAUCACAUACUGUCGGGAUCCAUUCUAUUAAUGCCUAUAUCAGUAUAUCGAUAGAAUAAAUAUUUUAUGCUGCUCAGAUGCAGCAAAACUGCCAAAUCCUAGGUGGAGAUAUAUUUAUAAAUGCAUCCUCUAUGUCGUUAUCUCUAUAUAUAAAUAGUUGACUCCAGC